AUUUAGUUCAUCCACGCGCCGCCACCUAGAAUUAACGCGCCUAUACAUCCCGUCUUGUGCAUCGAAUAACCGAACCCAAUGAGAAAGAGAAUAAAUGUUUGAUUUUAGUUCUCUCCGCCACAAUUCUCUAACAAAGACUUUUAAAUUUAUAAAAUUCACUAAUUAACUGGAUUAGUUAAAGUUGACUAAUUAAAUGGAUCCAUAAUUCUUCCUCCCUAUAAAAAAAUUCCAUCUCUAUAAUUCUAACACUCCGGACAAAACAAAUCGGAAAAAAUGGAAGUGAAAGCAAGAGCACCGGGAAAAAUAAUCCUCUCCGGUGAACAUGCGGUGGUGCACGGAUCGACUGCCGUCGCUGCCUCCAUUGAUCUCUACACUUAUAUCACCCUCUCUCUUCCCUCUGACAAUGAUGACACACUGAAAUUUGAGUUCAAGGACAUGGCAUUAGAAUUUUCAUGGCCAAUUGCUAGAAUCAAAGCAGCAUUCCCUAACUUAGAUGUUCCGUCCUCUUCGACGCCCGCCUCUUGCUCGAUAGAAUCGAUGAAGUCGAUUUCAGCUUUGGUUGAGGAACAACAUAUUCCGGAAGCACAUAUUGCUCUUGCUUCCGGAGUGUCGGCUUUUUUAUGGCUAUAUACUUCAAUCCAAGGAUUUAAACCUGCUACUGUGGUUGUCAAUUCUGACCUUCCACUCGGUUCUGGCCUUGGCUCGUCUGCUGCUUUCUGUGUUGCCCUUUCAGCGGCUCUUCUUGCUUUAUCAGACUCUGUAAAUGUGGACAUCAAGCACGAAGGAUGGUUGAUGUUUGGGGCUUCUGAACUUGACUUAUUAAAUAAAUGGGCUUUUGAAGGUGAAAAGAUAAUUCACGGAAAGCCAUCCGGAAUAGACAACACUGUCAGCACAUUCGGAAACAUGAUCAAGUUCAGGUCUGGUAAUCUGACAUGCAUAAAGUCUAACAUCCCACUCAAAAUGCUUAUUACUAACACGAAAGUUGGAAGGAAUACUAAAGCACUAGUUGCUGGGGUUUCAGAGAGAACCUUACGGCAUCCUAACGCAAUGAGCUUUGUUUUUAACGCUGUUGAUUCUAUCAGUAACGAACUGGCCGCUAUCAUACAGUCACCUGCUCCAGAUGAGCUAUCUAUUACUGAGAAGGAAGAAAAACUAGAAGAAUUAAUGGAAAUGAAUCAAGGUCUACUUCAAAGCAUGGGGGUUAGCCAUGCCUCUAUAGAAACCGUUCUUCGAACAACAUUGAAGUACAAGUUGGCUUCCAAGCUGACCGGAGCGGGUGGUGGGGGUUGCGUGCUGACACUAUUGCCGACCUUGCUAUCAGGCACAGUUGUUGAUAAAGUAAUCGCAGAGCUGGAAUCGUGUGGAUUUCAGUGUUUGCUUGCUGGAAUUGGUGGCAAUGGCGCUGAAAUUUGCUUUGCUGGUUCAUCCUGAGAAUACCGUGGCAUCGAUAAUUUAGCUGUAAGAUUUUAUAUGUAAUGUCAACUUUUAAAUAACAGCGUGCCAAUGAAGGUGAAGCAUUCUUCAACUGUACGCUAUUUUGUUGUGUUUAUUUUCUUUUUUCUCAUUUCUUUUCAGCAUUUACAGAAGUGUAAAAUAAUGUGGAAAUUUGUGAAUGCUACACAGUUAAUGGACCAUAGAAAUUUUAAAGCUCUAAUGAAGUGAUUUUGGUCAAAA